UUAACUUGAAUUCAAAUCUUACACAGCAAUAAAUAAUCAAUGUAGGCAACCUGCCGUGCAAUAAACCAAGUUGAAAGAUGAAGAAAUGUUUGUGUUGUUGCACGGAAAAACCAACAUUAUUUCCUAACUUGACUGUUGUGCAAGUGAUUUGAGUGCCAAGGAAUUGCUAAGUGAUUGACAAGGAUACAUCUGACAAGAAAUUGGCCAGGGUGCAUUGGCCAAGCGAUUGAGUUGUAAUUGACAAGGAUACAUCAGCCAAGAAAUUGAGCAAGAACUUGACAAUUAAUUAUUAAUGAUAUAUUACACGACGAACUCCUGCCAUCUAUGGGAUAGACAUGAUGAAUUGCUGAGCUUCAUGUCCGGUCACGAAUUUCAGGGCAGUGAUGAAAGGCUCUUGAGUUACAUUAUUGAAGAUCCCUUGACUAAUAAUCCAAAUUAUUCGCUAACAUUUGAGUUCUAAGUAUGUUGAAAUUAUGUCAAAUUUUACCCUUAAAAAUUCAUGUAUAUGUGUUCCAGUGAGAUAAAAUGAAUGACUAAUAAGCGAAUGGAAUAUUUUGAACUUAUAGACUCUCUUAUCAUAUUUCACAAUCCGUCCUCUGUGUUUUGAUUCAAAAGUGUCGCGAGUGAAAUUUUAUUCACGGUCGCUGCUGUACUGACUGGAUAAAGGUCUCCAAAUUUGUUAAUUUGGCUAGGAGGUGGGGUGUGUAGUUUGUGAAUAGUGAUGUGUAUAGAAUGUGAUGGACCUACGACGAGCAUUGGUUAAGUAUAUAAAACCUAGGGUACCUACCUAAAGUGACCGUAUAGCGUCAUAUAAAAGAGACCAUUGCGUCCAUCAAGUGACCAUAACGUCCGUAAAGUGACCACCGUCCUUCAAGAUAUCCAAGUGUCCACCCAAAGACCAUCAAUAAGCACAGUUUGCGUGACCGUAUAUGGUGUCUUACGCGCUAAAAAUUACGUUGUUUCCCUGACCUCACCCUUCUUCAAGUGACUAUAUAUAGCGUCCCAUAACUCAUCGUACUGUCGCUGAAGUGACCAUCACGUUCAUCAAGGCGUCCCAUAAACAGAAAGUUAUGGAAUGCGUCUCAUAAAUUAUAUAUAGCGUCCCAUAAAGCAUCAUACUGUUUAUGAAGUGACCAUAACGAUAAUCAACGCACUAAAGCGUCGGACGUAUAAAUCAUUAUAGUGUCGCUACAGUGACCUUAGCGUCCGUCAAGAGCCCUCAUCGACCUUCCUGUGAUGCUUACGUACCGCUCGUGCAGCAUGUAACCCAUCGAGCAUCACCACCGGCUACUGAUCGGGUGCUGUGAGUGCCACGGGAGUUGCGGGUACCGCAGGUGUUGCGGGUGUCGCGGGUGUUCCGAGGGUGGACCUGCCCCCGAAAUGUCGGGGUCCCCCAUCAAGGACUACCGGCGGGAGGUGGACGCCGUGUACCCGGAGCCGUUGAGCCGCUUCUCGCGGGUGGUGGAGGGCGACCCUGCCGCCGCCUACAGGAGGCAGACCAAGAAGAGGAUCGACAGGAGCGGCCGCUUCAGAACCACGCCUGUCACCUUCGAUGAGAUCCAGGAGGUGGACGAGGAAGUAUCCCUUGAGGACGGCGGCCAGCAGCAGGAGGACGUGGUGGUCACCGCGUCCUCCGUGGUGGACUUACGGGCCCCCGGUACCCCCACCAUGGGGGGCAGACUCGCCCCCAUCCUCGGCCGCCGAUACCGCGCCCAUAACAGAGCUGGCAGACGCCACGACUUCCCUUCUUCCCCACACAAGCAGUUCAUGUCACGCACCAACACCCAGGUCAUCCACGAGGUGGUUGCGUCUACCAGCCAAGAGGCCACGACGGACGUCAACAGCAACAGCAUCACGGAGGCCUCCGCCUGA